GGGCGGGGGGGGCGGCCGCCCGCUCUCUCCUCUUCCCGGCCCCGUCGUAACCCGCGGCGGGGGAGGGCGGCGGCAGGGCGGCCACCUGCACCUUCCCUCGCCGCCGGGGCGGCGCGGUUCGCGGCCUCCUCCUUCCCUUCUUCCUUGCCUGCCUCCUUCCCUCGGCGCCGCCAUGGGGAGCGGCUGUCCAUCGCAGCCGGGAUGGCGGGCCUCUUUCCCGGCCCGGCCGCCCCUAUUUAUAACCGCUGAGCCGCGCCGGAGCCGCUCCGCCUCCCCGCCCGCCCGCAGCGCCCGCCGCCGCUCAGCCCCGAGCGCUGCCGGCCCGGCCCCCGCCCGCGGCCCCCUUUGUGUGUGACCUACUCGGGAGCCGGCUCUUCCCGGCCAGGCCCCCGGGCUCCCGGUUCUUCGCUGCGGGAGCGCCGUAGAGCCGGGUUCCCCGCGGCGCCUAGCGCCGGCUCCUCUCCUUGCGCACCCCAAACUCCGCCAGGCUCCCCGUUACCGCAUCCUUUCUCGUCUUGCCUUUCGCUCUCCUCGCCCACCUUUCUCCCUUCGGGCCUCUAACUUCUCCUUUUCCCUCGGCCUUCGCUUCUUCCAGUAGUUCUCAGUUUUUCUCUCUGCGCUGUGCAGCACUUUUUUGAACUUGGUGCUUCACGGAGCUUAGAAUUUGUUAUUUUUUUACGUUUGCUAGGCCUCUGCUGGUCUUUCUUUCUGACUGGAAGCUAUUCUGUCUUGAUUUCUGCUUCGUCCGUGGGUUUCUACUGCUCCCCAAAAGUUUUAGCCCUGCAGUCCCUUGCCUCCUUUUAUUUUCUCUCUGUGCUUUUAAUGUUCUGUUUCUUUUGUCUCUGUGCAUGCUCUCCAGUUUCCUUUAAGCAUUUAUUUCUAGCUCAGUGAUCUCUUAGCUUUUCAUUGUUCUGUCUUUCAUGAAGGCUGCUUCCUAACUUUUUCUAAUUCUGUCUCUUGUUGGCCUUUGCAUGCCUUUGUGUCUGGAUUAGAUUCAUCCCAAAAGAUGAGGUGGUUGGGGUUUUUCAGGUUACAGAGAUUUUUCCCGUUUUGGGAGAGGACAGUAUCUAACCAGUGCACCUCUAGAUGAAGCAGCAUUGAACAGUUUUAUGGUAACUCUGAGACAAAUGCACAUGAAAGUAGCUUGGAGGUGGUUACCUCCUAAAAUUUCAAAUCUCUGAAUACUAAGUUCUUCAGGACUAAAAAUUGUUACGAGAAUGAUGGAGCCUGGAGAGCCACUCCUGCUUAGUUGAAAGUAAUAUGAGAAGAGACCUAAAGGACAGGGAAAUAAAGUUUCAGUACAAAACGGUUCGAUUCAUCAAAAGGAUGCAGUAAAUGAUGAUGAUUUUGAGCCAUAUCUAAGUAGUCAGACAAAUCAGAGUAACAGCUAUCCACCAAUGUCAGACCCAUACAUGCCUAGCUACUAUGCUCCAUCCAUUGGAUUUCCAUACUCUUUAGGUGAAGCAGCAUGGUCAACUGCAGGUGACCCUCCAAUGCCAUAUUUGACAACUUAUGGACAGAUGAGCAAUGGUGAACACCAUUACAUACCUGAUGGUGUAUUUAGUCAACCUGGGGCAUUAGGAAAUACCCCUCCAUUUCUUGGGCAGCAUGGAUUUAAUUUUUUUCCUGGGAAUGCAGACUUCUCUACAUGGGGGACAAGUGGAUCUCAGGGACAAUCAACGCAAAGCUCUGCUUACAGCAGCAGCUAUGGCUAUCCACCUAGUUCUCUUGGGAGAGCCAUAGCAGAUGGACAGGCUGGAUUUGGCAGUGAUACUCUGAGCAAGGUGCCUGGGAUUAGCAGCAUUGAGCAAGGCAUGACUGGACUGAAAAUUGGUGGAGAUAUGACGGCUGCUGUAACAAAAACUGUAGGUUCAGCUCUGAGCAGUACAGGUAUGACAAGCAUUGCAGCUAACAGCGUGCCCCCAGUUAGCAGUUCAGCGCCUAAACCAACCUCAUGGGCUGCAAUUGCAAGGAAACCUGCUAAACCUCAGCCGAAACUCAAGCCUAAAGGUAAUGUGGGCAUUGGGGGCCCUGCUGUACCGCCGCCACCUAUAAAACACAACAUGAAUAUUGGAACUUGGGAUGACAAAGGGUCAGUGGUAAAAGCACCCCCAGCUCAACCAGUACUGCCUCCUCAGACUAUAAUCCAGCAGCCUCAGCCAUUAAUUCAACCACCACCACUGGUGCAAAGCCAACUGCCUCAACAGCAGCCUCAGCCACAGCAACCACAACAGCAACAAGGACCUCAGCAGCAGGCCCAGCCUCACCAGUUGCAGCAGCAACAGCUGCAAAACCGCUGGGUAGCUCCUCGUAAUAGGGGUGUGGGCUUCAGCCAGAACAAUGGAGCUGGUAGUGAGAACUUUGGUUUAGGUGUUGUAUCCGUCAGCUCCUCACCUUCUGGUGUGGAAGUGCACCCAGUGCUGGAGAAACUAAAGGCCAUAAACAACUACAAUCCCAAAGACUUCGAUUGGAAUCUGAAGAAUGGACGUGUGUUUAUAAUCAAAAGUUAUUCAGAGGACGAUAUUCAUCGCUCCAUUAAGUACUCUAUCUGGUGUAGUACUGAGCAUGGGAAUAAGCGCUUGGAUGCUGCUUACCGGUCCCUGAAUGGAAAAGGCCCACUCUAUUUGCUCUUCAGUGUGAAUGGCAGUGGACACUUUUGCGGCGUGGCUGAGAUGAAGUCUGUUGUGGACUACAAUGCAUAUGCUGGUGUCUGGUCUCAGGAUAAGUGGAAGGGGAAGUUUGAUGUCAAAUGGAUCUUUGUCAAAGACGUUCCCAAUAACCAACUGCGACAUAUUCGCUUGGAAAACAAUGACAACAAACCAGUUACCAAUUCGAGGGACACUCAAGAGGUACCCCUAGAAAAAGCCAAGCAAGUGCUUAAAAUAAUUGCUACUUUCAAGCAUACCACCUCAAUCUUUGAUGACUUUGCACAUUAUGAGAAGCGUCAAGAGGAGGAGGAAGCCAUGCGUAGGGAGAGAAAUAGAAACAAACAAUAACUAUAUGGAGAUGUCCUGCUAGAAUACAACACUAAUGAUGUAGACUCUGGAAAUGCCUAAUAUGUCUAAGAAGACGUUAUUAAAGCUUUUUUCUGCUUAAGGUGACAUCUUUGAACACUUUAACACGAAAUUGACUCUUCUUGUAAUGGUUCUCAUCAGUGCAUCUGCCCUUAUACUCUCUCACCAAACACACUUGAGAACUGUACCUUCGUCAAGCACUUUCUGUCCUGAAGCUUUUACCAGUAUCUGCUGUCUUUUGUAUUUAUGCAUCCUAGCUAAGGCACAGGAGACCGAACGAAUGCAAGGAUUCAUUAACUCUUUGAAUUUGUUAAAUACUAACAUUUAACCAUUAGAAGUGGUUCAAUGAUGUGAGAUUCACAUUGCUUCAACUUAAUUUUUUCUUUGUUGUAGUUUUUUUAAUUGUCAGUUUUUAGCUAUUCAACAGAUUAAAAGCAAAUCAUGCCAUAUUUAGUCCUGGAGUAAAACUCAAGUCUAAAUGUUCAUGUGGAAAUUAUUGUAGUAAUCUUUUAAUAUGGCAAAGCAACUUUAAGCUGCAGUUUAGCCAAAUGAAUCGUAACAUGAAAUUAUAAUAGAAUGACAUUUCCCUUGUUUCAAACUGUUUGGUGUAAGAGAAUAUUAAUAUGCAGCUUGGUGGACACCACCAGUUAAUGCACAUUUCUUUAUUUUUUUUCUGUAACAUGUAUACUGAAAAAAGUGCAUUUGUCUGAGGAACUGUUUGUUUGCUACCACUCAAUGAAUCUCAGUUUUGAGUAAAUGUACCUCAGUCUAAAUCAGACUUUUUAUGACCUUUAUAACUACAUUUAAAAUAAUCUUUAAUUCCUAUUUCUGGGUGUUUGCAAGCCUGACAGAUUGCUAUCAUGAAAGUGAAAAUUUACUCCUCUAGGUGAUUCACUAGCUAAAUAAACAUAAUUCUUGUUUAGCAAGCAUAUACUGUUUCUCAAAUUUUUUUGUUUCAUUGUGCCAACAUCGAGGUGUUUUCCCCCCUGUCUGGAACUAUUUUGAGAAGAAUACUUUGGUCCAUGGAGUUGACAUGCUGAUAACCAUGUUAAGAGGAUUUUUGUUAGAAACAUGCAACAAGAAGUUUUAGACUACAUAUUAAAUGGGCCAAUUCUAUACUAAUUUUUAACCUCUAAAGAGUAUAUCUUCUGUUUCAAUUCAUAUAGCAACACAUUCUGUCUGCUGGAAGAGAAUAUUGGAAAAACUGUUAAGAGGGUGUAUUGACUGUACAAAUUACUGAACAACCUGUACCAAACUCCAGGGAUAGCUUUCCCUUUUUAGAGCAGCGAUGUUGAAGUCAGAUAUCUUAUAGCUUAAAAUAGCAGUAGCACAUAUUAUUUGAACAUGUUUCAUGUCUUACUGUCCAACACAGAUGUUUAUAUUGUUUCAAGUCCUUCAUUUACAGAUUUUGCCAGUCAGAGUUCUGGAGCUAAAGUAGCAAAGGUUUGUCUUUAAUACAGAUGAUUUUGCUGACUUUUGCUUUCUCUCUUCUUAAGCCCUUUGCACUCAUACAAUCAUGCAAACGCAAGAAGUUCAGUGCACACUUCUUGCUUAUUAUUUUAAAUAUUGUUAGAGACUGCAGGGUAGCAGAUACAAAUCUUAAUUUUUAUUCCAGUUAUCUGGAGGCUCAAAAGGGAGGCUACUCCUGUAUUUUGGAGUAAAGAAGCAAUGUCACUUAAAUGAUAGAUGAGUCAUAAAUAGCAAGUGGGAUAAGGGAGGGAUAAGCAUAGUGCAUGUAGUAAGAGGAGACUAGGAGACAAAGGUUUCAAGCCCAAUCCCUAUGAAAUUUGGCUUCAGCCCAAAAAUUACUGCUUCCAUGUGUAUCUGUUCCUUGCUAACAGGUUUUAUAGCUAUUUGUUUCCCUCUGUGGGCUGAUUUAUUCCAGCUGUCAUUGAUCAGCUGAAGUGGCAAAGGUCAAUGUGGUUACUCCAAAGGAUGUAGUUUUUCUGUGAUCCCUCAAGGUAUCAGCAUGUUUCUGCUUCUUUGUUAAAAACUAUCUUAUGAAAAUUCCCAGAAGUUCCCAGUUACCGAAAGCUAAUGUUGGAAUCAAGCAUUCAGGAACUGAUUGCAUGUGCAGCCCUAGUUUGAUUUCACUGCAGUAUUUAUAUUUUUGCAGGCUUUGGUAAUAUUUCCUGCCUUACCCCAUGCCUUUUUUAUUCUAAUAGCAUGAGCGCUGCUCUUAUAUUGAAUCAAGUUGAGCAUCAAGUGGGUUCAUCGCUUUGUUGCAGGCUUUGAAAGCUGGGAAGAUGAGACAGGAUUGUGAGAGAAGGAGGUGAUCACAUUUAAAGAGCUGUGACAGUUCUUACACUGUUCCAGGAUUGUUAGCUAAUCUACAAAUAGAAGAGUUUGAUUGCUGAUGGUCUUAGUCAUGUUGCGACCGAUUUGCUGACUGCUGAGUUUAGUAUGUGCAGCUGAAAUUGAAAGGAAUUUUAUGUGCAUAUAAAGUACUGUAAAAAUAGUAUAUAACAUUGUAAAAUCAGCUGUGGAGUGCUGUAUUAGUUAAUGGACAUGUGAAGCUUCUAAUCUUCAGCUUCCUUAUGCACAAGUUCUUUUCCUCCAGAAAGAAAAGGAAUGGUGCUUAUUAUAUCAAAUAAAUGUAGAAAUGCC